AUCAUUAACGGCAUACAAGAAAAUAAAUUUUGCACACAUUAUUCUUAUAUUUUGCUAACAUUAAAAUACACUAAAAAUGCGGACUAAAAAUCCCAUGGCGAAAAAGCCACACCAAAUCUUGUUUUGUAAAAACAGAUAUAGUCCAAACGUGAAGGUUGAGCACUGGGAAUAUGCGGUAUUGGCUGAGAAAAAAGAUAAUUACGUGUACCGUGAUCAGCUGAGCAAUCACCUGAGUACAUAUUUACGUCUGGGUAGCUAUGACCAGGGCGUCGGUCCAACUGAAACUGGACAUAUGCUGCAGGAAGUUUUUAUGAGAGAGGAUCCCGUUUAUAUUUACAAACCACUAGUUAAUUUCACUUCAUAUCCUUGCACUGAUACUCCAGGUCGAAAUAGACUUAUGAAAACAGCCGGGUUGGCGCAACUGCCGCCUGAUUUUGGAGUAAUGGAUUAUCUUUCCACCCAACAAGCUGAUUACAGGAAUCCUUAUCCGACUGUGCUAAAACCGAUCACAAUGCCGUCUCCAAUAUGGCUAAUGAAUCGGGUCAUAUGCUCGCAAUUAACUCAGAACUAUGGAACAGCGCCCCCGCGCGGAGAUUAUCAGUGCCUGGACACACAUACUCCUAUAGACCACAUCCGAAAGAUGCGACUAAAACGAUACCAAUCAUUUGACCCUGCCACGUGCCUCCAAGAUUUUCCCAGGUUAUAAAAAAUUGUUGAAUAAAUAAAAUAAAAUGAUUGUUUU